AUGGAUUUUCGCAAAGCAACCGGUCUGAACAACACUACGAAAGGUCUGAUGGAGAAGGCGCAGGGAUCUUCGGAGAUUUUGAGGAAAGCAACCGGUCUGAACAACACUACGAAAGGUCUGGUGGAGAAAGCGCUGGAACGAACACACGGAGCGAAAGAGAAAAGUAAAUACCUAAUGGAUUUCUCGGGUCUUGGCAUUGCUCGAAUGCGAAAUUUUCGCAAAAAGCCAACUGAUGAGUCCUGUGAGCUAGGACGAAACCCAAGACAUCAUCGUUUCCUACAAGCCAUUUUAAUGCGGCUUCCUUAUGCAAUGGAACAGCUUCGUAAAUAUGCAUCUACUUUUUUCACUUAUAAGCGUAUAUCAUUCGCAAAAAUUGACCGCUUUGGCAGCAGCAGCUCAUUCCAAAAAUUGGACACCUUUAUUGAAAUGUAUAAUUCGCUAAUAAACGGUAUGGAUCAUGAACAUAUUCGGCUCUUCAGCGGCCGAAUUCAUGAAAAGGCAUCACCUCUUAGACUGGCCGUCAUUAAUAAUCAUGCAUUUUUGGAUGAGAAUAAGAGAGCCGGGUAUGAUCUGGUUGCUGAUACGGUUUCUACAGCUGGUGAUGUUAGUUUAGAUAUGCUCGAGUCUUGGAUUGCUAGCAAUGUUAAUGAAAAAUAA